AGGGCCGAAUCCGGGCUGUAGUUUGCCCGCGGCUGGUCUAGCCUCUGUAGCCCAGCUUUUCCUUUUCAAAUGCUUUUCCUGUGAGAUCUCACUUCAUUGGUUCCAUUGAUCCCCUCUGACUUUCCUCCUGAGCUUCAGCCUUGCAUUUCCAUUGCUGGAGGGCAUUUCUACCUUAAUUUCUACCUCAAACUCCAAAUAACCAAAACUUAACAGGUUCCCUCCAAAUCUGUUCUGAGUCUUCUGUGUCCCUAUCUCCAAUGGUGCCUGUUGUCUUCCCAGUUCCAAGCUAGAGUUUGGGAGUCCUUUUCUAUUCCUCAGGUAAGUCCUUUUUACUCCAACACUGCAGUGGCUCCUAGAAUCACUGCUUUCUUCCCCCUCUCCCACUGAUCCUAUUUAGAACUUUUAUCUCUAACCCUGAUCCCAACAGCCAGCCUACCAACUGCUAUCUUUCCUUCUAACCUCUGCUUACUAUUUUGAAAUUUGUCACCAUACUCUAUCUUAUUCGGCUUCUCUCCGUGCAGGACCCUUGAAUAUCUGUGAAGAAAUGACUAUUUUGCAUGGGGGUUUUUUGCUGGCCGAGCAGCUGUUCCACCCCAAAGCACUGGCAGAAUUGACAAAGUCUGACUGGGAGCAUGUUGGGCGGCCCAUUGUGGAGGCCUUGAGGGAAAUCUCUGCCACAGCAUGCUCCCAGUCCUCUACCUGGAAGAGGAAAGCUCUGGUCAUCAUCUGGGCCAAGGUUCUUCAGCCCUACCCCGUCACCCCUUCUGACACUGAAACUCGGUGGCAGGAAGAUGUGUUCUUCUCAGUAGGCAACAUGAUCCCUACCAUCAAUCACACAGUUCUUUUUGAGCUGCUCAAGUCCCUGGAAGCUUCUGGACUCUUUAUCCAGCUCCUGAUGGCCCUCCCUACCACCAUCUGCCGUGCAGAACUAGAGCGCUUUUUGGAGCACAUGGCUAUUGAUACUUCUUCAAAGGAUGUGGCCUUCUUCCUCGAUGUCUGGUGGGAAAUGAUGAAGCACAAGGACAAUCAGCAGGACCCCCUGCUCUCUCAGUUUAGGACAAUGGCUAAUAAGUACAUAUCCUCUUCAGAUGAGUUCUCCCAUCCUCCAAAGAGGUUUAAGUCAGACCCUGAUGUGUGUCCUACCAUGCCUUUGUUGGCCAUGCUGCUCACUGGGCUGAAGCAAAUCCAAAAUAGAAUCUUGGGCCCUGGGAUGAAGUGCUGUGCAUUAGCCAAUUUGGCUGAUAUGCUGACCGUGUUUGCACUGAUGGAGGAUGACCCUCAGGAAGUGUCUGCACAUGUGUAUCUAGACAAACUGGCCACGGUGAUAUCCGUGUGGAAUUCGGACACCCAGAACCCAUAUCACCAGCAGGCACUGGCAGAGAAGGUAAAGGAGGCAGAACGGGAUGUCAACCUGAGCUCGCUGGCCAGACUCCCGAAUGAAACGAUUUUUGCCGGGUUUGACUUCAUGCGCAGUCUUCUGCGGGAGUGGGGGGAGGAGCUGCAGGCCAUGCUCAAUAGCACCCAUGGGACAAAUUAUGACAGUUACCGGCUGUGUGACAGUCUGACUUCUUUCAGCCAGAACUUGAAGCUUUACCUGGGUACCACCAGCUUAUCCAAGGAGGAGAGGCAGGUGGUUUCUGAACUGGCAGAGUGCGUCGGGGAUUUCCUGAGGAAAACGAACAAGGUACUCAACGAGGGCUUGGAGAAAGACAUUACUGCCUCGAUUGCCAUGGCCAUUAUUGAGCAAAAGAUGGACCGGCACAUGGAAAUGUGCUACAUUUUUGCUUCUGAGAAGAAGUGGGCCUUCUCAGAUGAGUGGCUCGCCUGCCUGGUUAAUAACCAGUCUCUCUUCCGAGAGCCAGAUUUGGUAUUAAAGCUGCUGGAAACUGUGGUGGAAGUCAGCAUGACAGACAGAGCCAUCCCUGAAUCUCAGGUCAAACAAGUGAUUGACUUGAUCCUGGAAUGUUACGCAGGCCUCUCACUGCCAGAUAAAAAUAAAGUCCUCUCAGGUGUCCUGGUUGCCUGGGGGCGAAAGGGCCUCUCUGAGAAGUUGUUGGCUUACUUGGAGGGGUUUCAGGAAGACCUCAACACGACCUUUAACCAGCUUGCACAGAGUGCUUCCGAACAGGGCUUGGCUAAGGCUGUAGCUUCUGUGGCCCGCCUGGUGAUACUGCACCCAGAGAUCACCGUGAAGAAAAUGUGCAGCAUGGCUGUGGUCAAUCUCGGUACCCACAAGUUCCUGGCUCAGAUUCUCACCGCCUUCCCAGCCCUCAGGUUCACGGAAGAGCAGGGUCCAAAUCCGUCCACCACGUUCGUCGUGUCAUGCCUCAGAGAAACCGUCUGGACAAAGUUCUCUACACCCAAGGAAGAAAAGCAGUUUUUGGAGCUCCUGAGAUGCCUGAUGAGUCCCGUGAAACCCCAGGGGAUUCCAGUUGCGGCCCUUCUUGAGCCAGAUGAGGUUCUCAGGGAAUUCGUCCUGCCUUUCUUGAUGCUAGAUGUUGAAGAGGUGGACCUCAGUCUGAAGAUCUUUAUUCAGACCCUCGAAGUAAAUGCCUGCUUAGAGGAAUACUGGCUCCAAACCUGCUCUCCGUUUCCCCUCAUCUUCAGCUUGUGCCAGCUCUUGGACUGCUUCAGUAAAUACUGGCAGCUCCCCAAGGAGAAGCGCUGCCUCUCUUUGGAUGGGAAGGAUAUGGUGGUCCAUAUCCUGGAGCUCCUCUGUGAGAUCGUGUUAGCAAAUGCCGAGACCUUCUCCCCAGACACCUGGAUCAAGUCCCUGUCCUGGCUCCACCGGAAGUUGGAGCAGCUAGACUGGACUGUGAACCUGAGACUGAAGAACUUCUUUGAGGGCCACUUCAAGUGUGAGGUGCCAGCCACACUUUUUGAGAUCUGUAAGCUUUCUGAGGAUGAAUGGACCUCCCAGGCCCACCCUGGGUAUGGGCCCGGCACAGGGCUCCUUGCCUGGAUGGAGUGCUGCUGCCUCUCCAGCAGCAUCUCCGAGCGGAUGCUCUCCCUCUUAGUGGUGGGUGUGGACAACCCUGAGGAGGUCAGAUUGUUCAGCAAGGGCUUUCUGGUAGCCCUGGUGCAAGUCAUGCCUUGGUGCAGUACCCAGGAGUGGCAGUACCUUUUCCAGUUGACCAGGAGACUGUUGGAGAAACAACUCCUACAUGUCCCUUAUAGCCUGGAAUAUAUUCAGUUUGUUCCUCUGCUCAACCUGAAGCCCUUGGCCCAGGAGCUCCAACUCUCUGUUCUACUCCUGAGAGCUUUCCAGUUUCUCUGUAGCCAGAGUUGUCGCAAUUGGCUUCCUAUGGAAGGCUGGAGCCAUGUGGUCAAACUCCUCUGUAGCAGUCUGACCAGCCUCCUGGACUCAGUUAGGUUGAUACGGUCAGUUGGCCCUUGGGCCCAAGGAGAAGAACAGGACCUGACCCAGGAAGCCCUAUUUUUUUAUACUCAGGUAUUCUGUCAUGUUUUGCACAUCAUGGCCAUGCUCCACCAAGAGGUGUGUGAACCACUCUACGUUUUGGCCUUGGAAAUCCUCACCUGCUAUGAAACUCUGAGCAAGACCAACCCUUCUACCAGCGCCUUACUCCAGAAGGUAAAUGAGCAGCACUUUUUAAAGUCCAUUGCCAAGAACAUUAGCCCCGAGGAGCGGCGCCAGACCCUGCUGCAGAAGAUCAGCAACUUCUGACCUUUGUGGAUUAGACAACAGCUGAUGAGGGUGGGGUCUAUAGGGGCUAGAGCCGAGAAACAAAAAUACUUCAGUUAUGUGAAGUUGUAAACAAGCUAAAAAGUAUAUGGCAAUAACAAUGUAAAGAAAAUAGUUUCUUGGGUAUUUGUAACACAAAUUAUAAUCUCAUUUUGAGGUUUGUCUUA